CUGCCGUACGGCUGGGAGAAGAUUGAUGACCCUAUUUACGGCAGCUACUAUGUGGAGUAAGUCUGGACGCACUGCUUUAAUAUUUAAUGACUGUUUUGAUUUCCAGUGUUCCCCCGUGUUAUGUUUCCACUAUUCUAUGUUAGUCAGAGUCAUUCUGCUGCUCAUUUAGAGCUCUGUAUCUCUGUCUGUCUGUCUGUCCGUGUGGAUGGGUCAGUGGGUGCUUGUUUGUUAGUAUGCAUGCAUUUGUGAGUGUAUGUGUGUCUGUUUCUGUUUCUGUGUCUCUGUGUGAGUGUGUAACUGUGUACCUGUGUACCUGUUCACAUGCGCAUGUUUAUGUGCGUGCUCCUGUGUGUUUGGUCAUAAUGUGUGUGUGUGUGUGUGUGUGUGUGCGCGCGCGCCAUCUUUGUGUGAUGUGGUGCAAUGGCGAGGUUUCUCUGUCUUCUCUAUUGAACCAAAUGUACCCUUCCUAUUCUGGGGGUGUCAUUUCUCCUGCUGGAUGCGCACUACUUCCCCUAGUCCAGGGAGAGGAGGGGAGGUCUAUUUAUAGCCUGGCUGGAGAGGGAGGUCUAUUCUCUAUCCCCAAGAAAGACCAGAACAGUGUGCCUGCCUUGCCUACACUCCCUCUCUCCCUCUCUCCCUCUGCCAUGUAGAAAUCCCGUAUCCCCAGGCAGCCACUGAGCCAUUGCACACACACACACUAGCGUCAUACCUGACCCUGCCAAGUCCAAUAAUUAUGUCCCACUGCCUGGCUGUACCGUUGAGUUAACCUAAUAUCUCAUGAAGAAACAGAGGGUGUGUAGGCUGGGAAGACAAUGUGCCUACAGAAGCAUUAUUCCUACUGUCUCGCACUGACCGGGAGGGCACAUCUAAAUGAUGACUAAUUACUUCACACUUUCAAAAUUACAGUAUUUAUAAUUAUCGACUAUAAUUAUCGACUCGCUCCCGAAGACAAACCAAAUUAGCACUGACAGAGUGUUUUAAGAAAAUACACUCAAGGAGCCAUCUUUGUCCAGAACCCACUCCAGAAAUCACACACUAAAUUAUUCCUAAUGCUGCGGAUUCCAGUAGAAUGGGACCUAAUUGUCAAUUUGUUCAUUUUUACUUAAAAAAGCCAUUCUGCAGCUCCAUUACAUAAUACUAGGGAUACUAAGGCUAUUGAAUUAAUCAUCAUAGCACAGCACUGUGCAUCCAGCUCUUAGCAGAGGGAGCGAGGAAGAGGAGGAGGAGGAAGAGGAGGUUGAUACGACAGAGAGCCCAGUGAAAUGUCAUAUCUUUGCCUUUCUCUGUAGCCACAUAAACAGAAGGACCCAGUUUGAGAACCCAGUCCUGGAAGCCAAGAGGAGAGUCCAGCAACACCAGCAAAUGCAAGAGCAGGGUCUGUCCUCGCUGCCCCUACCUACUAUCUACCGAGGUAAGAUAGUACCUCUACCUCUACCCAAUGUGUAUGAUUAUUGUGUUUAGAUGUUUUUAGCUCUCGGGAAGUGUCUGUCAUCUUCGUCUUUGUGUUUGUGUAUCACUGUCAUUAUUCACAACUCCCUUUUCUUUGCUAACACUUUGCUAACACUUUGCUAACACCAGCCUCUCUGUUCACAACACGUUUACCACCCCACUGAGUUCAUCGAGGCUGUCUGAAGUAAAACAUGCUGUAUAGGUUGAGGGUUGAGAGGGUUUGUCUCCGUGGUUACCCUUCCUGUACGCUGCAAAAUGAAGGCUCUCCUUCUAAUUGAUAGCAGAGAGGGGUAAAAAAAAUGAAUAUUUCCUCACAUAUAAACGAGGAGAGAAAAAGGAAGUUUACUUGUGGCGCAUCAGACAGUGAGUGGACUACUUUAUCUCUGUCACAGUGGUAGAGGAGGUCCCACUCUCCGCCAAGUUACCCAGAGCCACCAUGGCCCACAUUGGCCCCGCCCCGGAGCGCUGCCAGAGCCUCAGCGACCUCUCCCAGUCCCUCCCCCCGGGCCACCGAGUGUCGCUGUUCGGCCUGCACACCCACACGCCCCCCGCCUCCGCCACCAACUCCCCACUGCGGCGCCCCCACCGGGUGCGGAGGGAUACGUCGUGCUGCCCACACCAGCAACUCCACCAGUCACUUCACGCCUUUGUGGUAGAGCCGGCUGCUGUGGGUUGUAGCCCAUUCCCCCUGUGGUGCUCUCUCAGUAAGUAGGGCAGUGAGUAGUGGUACAGGCUUGUUCUUCUUCUGCCUGCACUGAGCUGCCUCGCUCUCUUCUCAAAGCAUGCCUGCUCCCCCGGCAGACCCACGCUGGAUCCCUCCUCGUCUCAGGCACUCGGCUCGCUGCUUGACAUGUUUGAUUGCGCUACACCACGGUGUGUCUUCCCCUCCUUACGUCUGACGGCACACCGCUCUAUGUUUGGACGCCUGACAACAAACGUUGGCUUUAAGCAAACAGAGAGAGACGGGCGUGUGCCCCCUACCUGCCUUCCAAGGUGAACGGUAGGGGAGAUUGAAUUGAGUGUGGUAAACGCUCGUUGGCUGAGUUUUCCU